AUGGGAGAAAAAGUUGAGUCUACCGCUACUGUUACUAAUGCUACAGCUGCUGGCAUUUCUGAGUUUGAGGCAAAUCCAAACAUGAGGCUUUGCUCUGUUCUCUUGAAUGGUUUCAAUUAUAUCCCUUGGUCCAGAGCUGUUACUUUAGCUCUUGGAGGAAAAUCAAAGCUGGGAUUUAUUAAUGGAAAAAAUCCAGCCCCAGAUGAUGGUGAUCCAAAAUUUGAAGAAUGGCUGUCAAAGGAUCAACUUGUUAUGUCUUGGAUUUUAAAUUCCAUGGAGCCACAAGUUGCUGAAAUCUUCAGCUACUCAGAUUCCUCUAAACACUUGUGGGAGUCCCUUAAAGAGAUGUAUGGGCAGCAAAACAAUGCAGCCCGAAUUUUUGAGUUAAAGAAAGAAAUUGCAGGAGCUUAUCAAGAGGGAAAAUCCUUCAUUGAGCAUCUUGGGAAAUUGAAAGGUAUGUGGAAUGAGCUUGCCCUGUAUCGACCUCAUACGACUGAUUCUAAGGUUCUUGUGCAGAGGGCAGAGGAAGAUAAAAAUUUUCAGUUGCUUGCAAGUCUUGAUUCAGACUAUGAAGAUCUUAGAAGAAAUAUUCUCAUGAGUACUGAGAUGCCUUCCUUUAACAAUAUUUGUACCAUUAUUCAAAGAGAAGAAAUCCGAAGGAAAGUGAUGCACAGUGAAACAAAGUCACAUACUGUGACUUCAGAGUCAAAGGCAUUUGUAGUUGACCGAAGAAAGGGACAAAGGGAUCCUGUGAAGUGUGAUUAUUGUGGACAACCCAGACACACUAGAAACAGAUGUUGGAUUCUCCAUCCACACUUAAAGCCAAAGAAUGGAAGAGAUAUCAACAAGGCUUCAACUCAAUCUGAGAAGGCAGUAGGUCCACAUGAAAAGGCAGCUCAUCAAGUAACAAAUGAAGACUCAAUGAUUGCAGCAACUCUAACACCUGCAGCCGUAACCAGUCAACUAUUGCAGGUGCUGCAAAAAAUGAGUAAACCUGAGGCCUCAACCAGUUCGACCAACUCAUCAGCAUUAAUCAGUCAAGUCACCCAAUUGUUACAACAAAUGGGUAAAUCUCAAACACUUUCCUUGGAUGCUUCAUCUGCUUCAUUGGCAUCAG